UUUCCGUACUGUUUUACUUGCUUUGUUGUUUAAUAUCUGCCUGUGGGCGUACACGUCAGGUUUAAAGUUAAUAUUGAGAAUUUAAUGAUUUAUAAAAUGAGUAUUGACUACUACGAGACCCUGGAAGUAAACAGAAAUGCAACGGACGCAGAUAUCAAGAAGGCAUAUCGACGUCUUGCUCUGAAGUUUCAUCCAAACAGCAGCAGGGAAAAGGGAAGUGCCGAGAGAUUCAGUCAGCUGGGUGAAGCCUACGACGUGCUCAGUGACCCUCGAAAAAAGGCGACCUAUGAUAAGUUUGGUGAGGAAGGUCUUAAAGGUGGGAUCCCACCUGAGUUUGGCAGCAGUGGGGCCUGGUCAUCUAAAUACACCUACCAUGGGAACCCAGACAAAACAUUCAGACAUUUCUUUGGAGGUGACAACCCAUUUGCAGACUUUUAUACAAAAGAAUCACCACUUCAGUUUGGUGGCCUGCAACGAGUUAUGGUCAAGACCCAAGACUCUCACAUCGAAAGAGACCUUCAUCUUUCCCUGGAUGAUCUCUUCCACGGAUGCAAUAAAAAGAUUAAGAUAUCUCGUAGGGUUAUGAAUGAAGAUGGAUGCACCUCCAGUAUUAAAGACAAGAUCCUGACUAUAGAUGUGCAGCCUGGGUGGAAAGAAGGCACACAAAUAGUUUUUUCUAAAGAGGGAGAUCAGGGACCAAACAGCAUCCCAGCUGAUAUUGUGUUCAUAGUGCGACAGAAGAGCCAUCCUCUGUUUGUACGACAACAAAAUGACCUGAUCUACAAGGCACAGAUCUCUCUAGAGAUGGCCCUAACUGGGUUCUCUGUGGAUGUGGAGACACUAGAUGGCAGGCUACUCACUAUUCCCAUCAAUGACAUUGUGCACCCAGCAUACAGAAAGGUGGUGACUGGAGAGGGAAUGCCGCUGUCCCAGGAUGCCUCUCAGAGAGGAAACCUCAUCAUCACAUUUGAUGUCCAGUUUCCAGAGAAGCUGUCUGCUGAGAGGAGGCAACUAAUCAAGCAAGCUCUUCAUUUCUAA